CCCCCAGCCGCCUUCCCGGUCUUUCUGCACCUGCCCGGCCUCCCAGCCUCGGCUCUCGGGGCGGGAAGCGUAUGGCUCUGCGGGGCUGGGGUUCCUCCGUGGAGUUUUCGGGACAGGAUGCGCGGUCCCCGGGGUGGCGCGUGCGUCUGCAUCUGGAGAUGCCCGCCGCUCUAGGGCCGGGGGAUGGGCUCGGGCCGCACAGCCGGGCCGGGGCCGAGCCGGCGGGGGACGGCCCGGGACCCCACGGGAAAGAGACGCUUCCUUCCCGGCCUCCUGCUGCCCGGAAAUCCCCCCGCGCUCGGACUGCCUGCCGCGCGGGGUCGCGGGCAAGGGCGGCGCGAGGGGGCGGGGAGGCACGGGCUGCACGAUUCGGGGAAAGCAGAAGCGAGCCCCGCUCUGACGAGCUGGGAUCUGGGAAGAGAAACUCGAGGGCGCCGCCGCCCCCACCCCAGCGCUCGGCUGACCGCUCCUCUUAGAAGCGCGCAGAAGAGGGUCUCUGGGGAGUGGACGGCUAGCCCACUGCUCGCACCUCCCGGCUCCACGGCGGAGGAUUGGGCCACUUCCCCGCCACGCCCUCCUCUCGUAUCGGGGUGCGCCCGCCCCGCCCGGCCCUCCACUCGCGCCGGUAGCAGCACUGGCCCACGGCGCAGGACCAGCCCAGGACCCGAGAGGCCGCCGCAACAGGCCCGUUAUCCACCCACCCUCGGACCCGCUCCCGACCCCAGACCCGCCGGAUCUUCUGCCGACACUGCUGUCCCCAGAGCGGCCGGGGCCAGCACCCCUCUGAACCCCAGGGCUGCCCACGGCUGGAGCGCGCCAUGCGGCUGCGGGAGCUCCCGCCCCGGUUCUGGCUCCUGGCCCUGCUGCUCCCGCCGCUGCCGCCGCCAGCGCGCGCUGAGACCUCGGCGCAGGACGUGAGCCUGGGCGUGGACUGGCUGACCCGCUAUGGCUACCUGCCGCCACCUGACCCAGUGCAGGCCCAGCUGCAGAGCCUGGAGAAGCUUCGUGAUGCGGUCAAGGUCAUGCAGAGGUUCGCUGGGCUGCCUGAGACCGGCCUCAUGGAUCGGCAGACCCUCGCCACCAUGCGCAAGCCCCGCUGCUCGCUGCCCGACGUGCUGGGGGCGGCCGGGCUGGUCCGGCGCCGCCGCCGCUAUGCCCUGAGUGGCAGCGUGUGGCCGAAGCGGACCCUGACGUGGAGGGUGCGUUCCUUCCCCCGGAGCUCCCGGCUGAGCCAGGAGACGGUGCGGACCCUCCUGAGCUACGCACUGGCCGUGUGGGGCGCCGAGUCCGGCCUCACCUUUCACGAGGUGGAUGCCCGGCACCAGGAACCCGACAUCCACAUCGACUUCGCCCGGGCCUACCACCAGGACAGCUACCCCUUCGACGGGCUGGGGGGCACCCUGGCCCACGCCUUCUUCCCCGGGGAGCACCCCAUCUCCGGGGACACCCACUUCGAUGAUGAGGAGACCUGGACUUUCGGGUCGAAAGAUGGCGAAGGGACAGACCUGUUCGCCGUGGCUGUCCACGAGUUCGGCCACGCCCUGGGACUGGGGCACUCCUCCGCCCCCAACUCCAUCAUGAGGCCCUUCUACCAGGGCCCCGUGGGCGACCCCGACAAGUACCGCCUGUCCCAGGAUGACAUCGAAGGCCUGCAGCAGCUGUAUGGGAAAGUGCCCCAAACCCCACAGGGCACGCCCACUCGGAGACCCCUGGCUCCUCCCCCUCUGCCCCCGACCCCGCUCCCAGACAGCCCUACGUGGCCCAUCCCAGACCGGUGUGAGGGCCACUUCGACGCUAUUGCCAACAUCCGCGGCGAAACCUUCUUCUUCAAGGGCCCCUGGUUCUGGCGCCUGCAGCCUUCGGGGCAGCUGGUGUCGCCCCGGCCCGCGCGGCUGCACCGUUUCUGGGAGGGGCUGCCCGCCCAGGUGACGGUGGUCCAGGCCGCCUACGCGCGGCACCGCGACGGCCGCAUCCUCCUGUUCAGCGGCCCGCAGUUCUGGGAGUUCCGGGACCGACAGCUGGACGGCCCGGCGCGGCCGCUCACCGAGCUGGGGCUGCCGCCGGGGCUGGAGGUGGACGCCGUGUUCUCGUGGCCGGCCAACGGCAAGACCUACCUGGUCCGGGGCCGGAGCUACUGGCGCUUCGACGAGGAGGCCCGGCGCGCCGACCCCGGCUACCCCCGCGACCUGAGCCUCUGGGAGGGGGCGCCGCUAGCGCCUGACGACGUCACGGUCAGCAACGCAGGCGACACCUACUUCUUCAAGGGCACCCAAUACUGGCGCUUUCCCAAAGGCAGCGUCAAGACCGAGCCGGACUCCCCUCAGCCCAUGGGGCCCGAGUGGCUGGACUGCCCCGCCCCCACCUCGGGCCCUCACGCCCCCAAGCCCCCUAAAGCGACCCCCAAGUCCGGAGCCUGCGAUUGCCAAUGCGAGCUCAACCAGGCGGCGGGCCGGCCGCCCACGCCCUUCCUGCUGUCCCUUCUGCCCCUGCUGGCAGGGGGCCUCGCCUCCCGCUGCGGGGGGUCGUCCUAAGCUGGGCACUCCCUACCUGGAAAGGGGCCGGACGUGGUAGGGGUUUGGGAGGCGCAGCCCGGCCCCUUCCUGUUGCCAGGGACGAUGGCUCCCGCGAGGACGAGCCGGGGGAUUCUCCGCAGAGGGCGGCGCCACCUGAGACCUGACCGCCCUGGCGCUGGGCUCGGCCUCCCGGGACUACGGCGCUCCACAGCCGCCUCCGAGGCGCGCCGCCAGGGGGCGCCCGCGCGCAGCGACCCCGCUCCGCUCCCGCUCCAAGCGGCCGCCAGGGGCGGUGUGGACCUGGCCCAGCCUCGGGGGGAUCCAACUGGACGAGGCAGCCAGGGACAGAAGGCUGCUGGGCUGCUGGAGGCCCGGAUGUGUUCUGCCCGCCCCCUCGCGGGUCACUGGAAGGGGAUGCUGCCCCCACGGGACUCUCCCCCCCUUGCCCCAUCCGGAACAGCCGGCCUGACCUGGAGUGCCU